AUGUCGUUCGCCCCUCAUGACGUUUCCGCUUCCUUUGAUUUUUCAAAGGAAGAAACAAAAGUUCUCGCAUUUUGGAAAGAGAUUGACGCGUUUCAGACUAGCUUGAAACUUUCUGAAGGCAAACCAGCAUUUACUUUCUACGAUGGUCCUCCGUUCGCCACUGGCCUUCCUCACUACGGACAUCUGCUUGCUGGGACGAUCAAGGAUAUCGUGACUCGACAUGCCCACGUCAGCGGGUACCACGUAUCCCGUCGAUUCGGCUGGGAUACGCACGGCCUGCCCGUAGAACACGAAAUAGACAAACGCCUCGGGAUCACCGGCAAGGAGGAUGUCAUGAAAAUGGGCAUUGACAAGUACAACGAAGAGUGCCGAAAGAUCGUCAUGCGCUAUUCGUCCGAAUGGCGGCAGACUGUUGAGAGGAUGGGCCGGUGGAUCGAUUUCGACAACGAUUAUAAAACGCUGAAUCUUCCUUUUAUGGAGUCGGUGUGGUGGGCUUUUAGUGAGCUGUUCAAGAAGGGAAUGGUAUAUCGUGGGUUGAGGGUUAUGCCGUAUUCAACUGGAUGUACCACGCCUCUUUCGAAUUUUGAAGCUGGGCAAGCGUAUCAAGACGUGAACGACCCCGCUGUCACCGUCGCGUUCCCUUUGGUGGACGACCCCAGCACGUCGUUGUUAGCAUGGACAACGACGCCUUGGACACUGCCCUCCAAUCUAGCCCUUUGUGUUCAUCCGGACUACACGUACAUCAAGAUCCACGACGCAGAACGCAACCAGAAUUUUAUCAUUCACGAAGGACUGCUGAAAACUUUGUAUAAAGAUCCGAAAAAGGCAAAGUACAAGAAACUUGGUCAAUUCCAUGGUUCAGAUAUGAAGGGAUGGCGCUAUGUGCCGCUAUUCGAAUAUUUUACUGACCAGUUCGAAGACAAAGCUUUCAGAGUCGUGGUAGAUACAUAUGUCACCGACGCUGACGGUACGGGUAUCGUCCACCAGGCGCCUGCCUUUGGCGAAGAUGACCACCGCAUCGCCAUCGCAAACGGCGUAUUGCGACCCGAUGAGAUGCCACCCUGUCCCAUCGAUGAUCGCGGCAUAUUUACAAAAGAGGUUCCUGACUUUGCCGGACUUCAUGUCAAGGCGGCGGAUAGCCCGAUCCAGAAAGUGCUCAAAGCCAAGGGUCGACUUAUAGUUCAGUCGACGCUCAACCAUAGCUAUCCUUUCUGCUGGAGGUCCGGAACGCCCUUGAUUUAUCGCGCGAUUCCAGUAUGGUUUGUCAGAGUGACACCGAUCGUAGAACAACUUGUUGCUAACAACGAAGGGACAAGAUGGGUACCACAGAACGUUGGUGAAAAUCGAUUUGGUAAUUGGCUUGCGAAUGCCAGGGAUUGGAAUGUUUCAAGGAACCGUUACUGGGGCACACCGAUGCCUUUGUGGGUCAGCGAUGACAUGGAAGAGAUUGUAUGCGUUGGCUCAGUGGAAGAACUCGAAAGAUUAUCCGGCGUUACAGGAAUCAACGAUAUCCAUCGGGACAAGAUCGACCACAUCACCAUUCCAUCUCAGAAGGGAAAAGGAGUCCUGAGACGUGUUGAAGAGGUUUUUGAUUGCUGGUUUGAGUCCGGCAGCAUGCCGUAUGCGCAACAACAUUAUCCAUUUGAGAACAAGGAGCUGUUCGAACGCACCCACCCUGCCGAUUUUGUAUCCGAAGGCAUCGAUCAAACUCGAGGCUGGUUCUAUACCCUCUUGGUACUUUCGACACAUCUAUUUGGGAAAGCACCGUGGAAGAAUUUAAUUGUAACCGGACUCGUCCUUGCCGCAGAUGGCAAGAAGAUGAGCAAGAGCCUGCGAAAUUAUCCUGAUCCAAACAUCAUCAUCGACAAGUAUGGUGCUGACGCGACAAGAAUGUUCCUCGUCAAUUCGCCUAUUGUACGUGGUGACAAUCUGCGGUUCCGUGAGGAUGGUGUCCGCGAAGUCAUCGCCCGCGUUCUUUUACCCUGGCUCAACUCCUUCCGAUUUUUCUUGGGGCACGUUGCGCUGUUCAAGAAGGUAAAUGGCAUCGAUUUCACCUACAACGCACAUGCCCCACUGCCAAACAACGUUAUGGACCGAUGGAUCCUUGCUCGUUGUCAGUCCUUGAUCAAACUAGUCAGGGAAGAAAUGGCGGCUUAUCGACUUUACACCAUCAUCCCCCGCCUCCUGGAUCUCAUCGAUGAGCUCACGAAUUGGUACAUUCGAUUCAAUCGCAAACGCCUCAAAGGCGAGGACGGCAAGGAAGAUACCAACUUGGCUCUUAAUACCCUAUUUGAAGCACUCCUUACACUGUGCCGGACCUUGUCUUCAUAUACGCCCUUCAUAACGGAAAACCUCUAUCAGUCAUUGCGAAAUUUUAUUCCAGAAGAUCCUUCCGCUGGGGACACUCGUUCCGUUCAUUUCCUUAGUUUCCCCGAGGUCAAGGAAGAAUACUUCGAUGCGGACAUUGAACGCCAGGUGAAGAGGAUGCAGGCUGUCAUCGAACUCUCAAGAAAUAUUCGCGAUCGGACCAAUUUGUCGCUCAAGGUGCCGUUAAAGGAGCUAUUGGUGUUCCAUCCCGACCAGGAAUAUAUUGCAGAUAUCGAACCUUUGCAACGAUACAUACAAUCGGAGCUUAACGUUCGCGAUAUAACAUUUUCAUCCGAUGAGACCCUAUCUGGCGUGCGAUAUAAAGCGGUGGCGGACUGGGCUAUUUUGGGCAAGAAGUUGCGCAAGGACUUGGGCCGUGUAAAGAACGCGUUGCCGAACGUCGCCAGCGAUGCAGUCAAGAACUUUAUCACUACAGGAAGUAUCGUGGUUGACGGAAUUGAGCUGGUUACUGGUGAUAUCACAGUCCAGCGGUACCUUGAUCUUCCGGCUGGGUCGGAAGGUCUUUACGCCACACACACAGACAACGACGUUGUCGUUCGCCUUGACAUCCAGAUACACGCCGACUUGCAAGGCGAAUGGUUGGCUCGCGAGCUUACCAACCGCGUUCAGAAACUACGGAAGAAAGCCGGUCUCCAGGCUAUCGACGAUGUCAAUAUUUUCUACCGCUUUGAAGAAGGUUCGGGCAGUGAAUUGCUUGCUGCUAUAGAAGGGAACGCAGAUAUCAUCACGAAAACGGUUGGAUGUCUUCCUGUGGAUGUGAAAGAGCGGAAGGAGACAAGCGAGGUUCUCAUUGAGGAAGAGCAGGAAGUGGCCGAUGUGAAGUUCAUGUUAUAUCUGGCGAGGCCGUAG